UCCUCGCUUCGUGGUGACUUUUGCGCCGGAUUCUAUCCGUCGUUUCGUACCGUGAGCAUCGCCAAUGCUCGGAUCGACGAGUCUUCGAAUUCUACGCGUAGUCUUUCGACGGUUUUCUUGAAAAGCCCUUUGCGCCAUUGCGGGGGAGGGAUCCAACGAAUUUUUGUACAAUAUCAAUAUCGAAUUAUUUCGUCUCUCGAAGGGACGAGGAGAGCUACGCCACGCUUUUGUGCAAAACAGGGGGUUGAUUUGAUCGCCCUCCGUUCCACAGAUUCGAGAGUUUAUCGGGAGAAAUUUCGAGUGUGAGAUCAAGAACGAGAAUUAUCGCGCGUUGUAGACACGCAGAGAGGAGGAGGAGGAGGAGGAGGAGGAGGAGUGUUUUCACAGGAAGGGGAGGAGAAUCGUUCCUCUCGAGGAAACACAUUGAAUAGUAACGUCGCGAGACACGACGACGACGACGUGUCGACGAGGAUUCGCUUCUUGUGCUUGGUAUUUCUCCCUUUUCCACACCAUUUCACCCUUCCCCCCUUUUUUUUCUCGCACCUGUGUUUCGCUCAACCGAGUUUCCACCGCAUCGAAAGAUCAACCGAGAAGAGAGAAAGAAUCGAGCAGAAAAAAACACGGAAAUUUGCUGCUCGUCCACUCUUUUUUCCCCCUCUCAUUUUUCUCCCCUCUCUUUUUCUUUCUCUCUCUCUUUCUCUCUCUUUCUCUUUCUCUAUUUUUUCUUCGACUUCCCCUCUCCUCGAAUCGACGAAAAGAGUUUCUUGUGCGCGUCGGUGGAUGGAUCGUCGCCUUUGACAUCCCUCGAUAUCUGUCGGCUGUUAUCGUUCGGGUCGAGUUUGGCGACGGAAUCGAGGAUUCUCUUUAAGACGUAGAUUGGGUCUGUAGACGGGUUUAUCAGCUGUGCAUGUCCGAGUUCACUGAUUUAUUAUCAGCAGGGAUUAAUAGCAGCGAUCUGAUCGAAUAUAGGGAGGUAUCGGCGAGUACGGCUGCCACCACCAAUUUCUGUAACACCCGGAAAGCUUACGGCGCGUUGCAGUGGGAAUUUUAAACUGCUGCCCCGGCUGCCCGUUCGAGUGGGCUGGACUUUAGAGCUGGAGGAUAUACAUGGUGAAAGUUUUGGCGAUGAAGAUGAGCAAAGUGGGCAACCAGACCAAUUCGCAGGACCCACAGGCGGUGAAUUCCCGGGUUUUCGUCGGGAAUCUAAACACGUUCCAGUGCAGCAAGACCGAUGUGGAGCGAAUGUUUCAGCGUUACGGCCGUCUGGCAGGAAUAUCUAUGCACAAAGGCUAUGCAUUCGUGCAAUUCACAAAUCCCUUUGAUGCCCGGAGCGCCUGCCUCGGCGAAGAUGGCCGCACCGUUCUUAGCCAGAUACUCGACGUUAACAUGGUGGCCGAGCCGAAACCCCAUCAAACUGGCCGCAAGCGACAGAACGUGACCAAGACUGGCAACGAUUGGGACUACUACUACGACAGUUACUACGCGUCCACCGCUUUUCCACCCCGUUUGGCGCCACCAUUGAAGAGACCCCGGCUGAUGCCACCGGCUCGAUCCCAACAUCCUAAACAACAGAAGCAACAACCCGCCACGAACACGGCAACUGUACCCGAUCUGAAUCAACUUAAAGUGUAUAGCAACCCGGAUAUCCUGAUCUGCGGCAAUUGCAGGGAGAUGUUUACGGAUCUGGGCGAGUUGCUCGAGCACAAGCGGAAUUACUGCAAACUGCGGUUCACAUGUAAAUGUCACACCUUCAAUGGAACAGCUCCAAGAGAUUCUACAACAGCUCUGCUAUGCGUUCUCUGCAAGGUAUCGUUCCCUUCAGCAUGGGAAUUGAUGGUUCACGCCCAGGCAGCUCACAUGAUCAACAUUUACGAGUUGGGAACCCGACCCCAAAGCCCCAGAUCCGCUCCCAGCCCCCCUCAGAGUCCAAGCCAACAUCAGAAGGAAUCAUCACCGUCACCUCAAGAUUUUCAGGAAACCAAAGCAUCAGAUUAUGAGGAACGCGCGGAAGAAGAAGAUCUGGAUGGACACGAAUUAUUGCCCUCCCCUGACAGUGGUAAAUCAACAGACAACGAGGCAGCUUUGUCACCGAUUAAAAUACGAUCUGAUGUAAAUGGACUGGACCACGAAGAAUGCGACGAGUUGAUCCACGUUGAGAACACUACACAAGCUUGCAUCAUGCAUGCCCUCAGCAUUGACUCGUCCUUGGAACUAAACUCUGACACAAACUCGAGGGGAAGUUCUGGCCCAGUCAUGGCGUUGACUAAUGGAUCCUUGUCUGCGAAGGAAUAAGUCGAAGAGGAGAGAGAGGAAAAAAAAAAGAAGAAGAAGAAGAAGAAAAUUAGCCAUUGCAACAAGGUUUUCCCUAUCCAAGGGAUUCCCUGUACCAACGCGCCACCAAUGAGACAUAUCGAUCUCCUUUUAAGGAUAACACACCCCUCUGUAUAUAGCUUAAAUGCCUAACAAAUAAUUCAGGGUCGUCUCAUGCCAGAUCUGGGACCUAUUUUGGCGAAUUUAGUAUCGAUGGAUCUCGAAUCGUUCUGAGGAUUCGAUCAACGGGAAAGAUUUAAAGCGUUUCGCUUCCAUUUACGUCCAUCUCAUCGAUUAAUCCUCUUUCUUCCCCUCCCUCCUCCUUUCCUCAUUCUUCUCAUAUGCUCUCACUUCUUUCAUAGAAUCUAGUCUCGAAGAGAAAUCGCUUUUGGCGAGUUUCUUCCUACUCGUGUAAAUGGAAACUUCGAUUUCUUUAUUUUCUCUCCUCUUUAUCCUUUUCUUUUUCUCUCUUUCUCUCUCUCUCUCUCAUUCUCCCAAAUUCUUUUUUAAUUUCAUCAUUCGCCAAAAUAUAUUCGCGGUUUGAAAUUUACAGCCAAAAUCGAAUAACUUCCGAUAGAAUUCGAGGAACACGUAGAAAACGAGAAAUCUAGUCGAUCGAACAUUUUUGAAAAUUUUUUCUAGUCAUCGUGUUAUUCCUUGUCUGUGAUACGAUUAUUAAUAUCUUCGUUAACGAUUUCGUGGGAAUAAUUGUGGUACGUUGUUUUGCGUUGUAUUGUACAGGAUUGGGCAAUUUUUAUUUAAUGAAAUGUUACGUGGAAAAUAAAUUAUUUAAGAAAUUUUUAUAUUAUGUAUAACAUUAGAACUAAGCUAAACAAGUAAAAUUCCUUGUAUCUGCAAUUAUCAAAUAUAUCAAUAGAUCACAAAAAAAAUGAAUAUUUUUUUCAGAUAGGAAUAUACAAUUAUAUCUAUCACUUAUUACUUUUACAAUAUUUGCUUCUAUAAUUCUAAUUAUCUAUGUAUAAUCUGAUCAAUAUGUUAUAAUAGUUUCAUCGUUUAAUUUAUCCACAAAUUAUCAUUAUUCAAACAAUUGAAAUGCCACGUAACAAAAUUAUUUCAAUGCUCAAUCCUGAUAGAAUGGAAACUUUUGGGAGAUCCGUUAAAAUUUGUCCAUUCUUCUAUUCCCUUCCCUCGCGAGAUUUUUUAAGUAGUAGCCACGGAAGGAUUCCUAAAGUAGGGUGCAACGUUAAUGAAUUCUUUUUCUAGCGUCGUUGAGAAAUAGAUGAAAACCAGGCCGUCCGUUUGUGGUAGCGUUUUAUGAAAAUUACAGGUAGUCUUCCGACAACCCGGACGUGGGAUCGCACAGUAACGAAUGUCCACACACAUUCUCUCUCUCUCUCUCAGAAUUAGUUAAUUAAUCGCGUUCCUUUUUAAUUCCCCGAAGAAACCUUUCGUCUGGAUUUUACUCUUUAAAGACUCUACUCUUCCAUCACCAGUGGAUCCAAGAUUAACUCGAUCCAAGUAAUAAGUAAUAAGGUUGACGUCGUGUAUAUAUAUGUGUGUGUGUAUGUAUGUAUGUAUGUGUGUGUGAAUAUGUAGGGAUAUUAAAAAUUAUUCAUAUCUUUGACGAUGAGGAGAAAGACGAUGAUGGAACAUCUUUAUACGACAAUUACGAGAGAGAAAAGAAUAUUCGUUGAAAAUUCAAUUCGAUUUUGUUAUUCGAUAUAUGAUAAAAAAAAUGAAGGAAGAAGGAGGUUGAUAAAAAAAGGAAAGAAGGAGGGAAGGAUGAAGGGAAGGAGGUAAAGAAAGAUUUUUUUCAUAAAUUCUAUUUUUUUCAUCGAUUUAUCUCGGUGUGGUUUUUUUUAAAAUGAACCAUUGGAGACAGAAAUAUGAAAUUAUACGUCUUCCCUUGGCGCACGGAUGAAGUUCGUUUAAUUUACAAUUAAUUUAAAAGCUUAAACGGAGUUUGCCUUUCACAAGGUUGAAUAAUGUUGAACAAUUCUGGUGUGGAGGAAGGGAUGGAACACGUUUAUACGACAAUUGAGAGAAAAGAGGUAUUCAUUGAAAAUUCAAUUCGAUUCUACGAUAUACGAUAAAGGAGGAGAGUAAUAAAGAGGUAGAGGAAGGUGAUAAAGGAGAGGAGGAAGAGAAGGAUGACAAGAAGAGGAGAGGGGGAGGAGAAGAGAAGAGUGAUAAAGAGGAAGAGGAACAUAAAAAAGACUUUUUUCCGCGUCCCAUUUUUUUUUUUCAUCGGUUUAUCUAGCCGAGGUUUUUUAAAAUAAAUAUUGGAAACAGAAAUAUGAAAUUAUUCGCUUAUUAUUUCUCUUGGCACAGAUGAAGUUCGUUUAGUUCACAAUUAGUUUAAAUGCUUAAACUGAAUUUGCGUUUCACGAAGUUGAAUAAUGUUGAAUAAUUCUGGUAAAGAGGAAGAAAUAAAAUAUGUUUAUACGACAAUUAAAUUACGAGAGAGAAAAAAAGUUCGAAAAAUUCAAUUCGAUUUUACGAUAUAUGAUAAAAGAGAAGAAGAGGAGCA